CUUUAGACGCUACGCGGGAUUUUUUAUGUCCAGAUUUUUCUUUAAGAUAAAAAGAUGGAAUACGACCAGGAACUAAUGGAUUUCUUCGACUUUUCGAAGGACUUCAAGCGCGAGGCAGCCCCACAGGGCUAUAUUAGCAGCGAUCCGAACAACAUGGCCGUGGAUGCCGUCGAAUCGAAGGUGGUUAAGCGCGAGGUGAUCGGCACCGACUAUGUCGCCGAAAUCGUGGCCAAGGAGAAGCUCCGGCUCAACGGGGCGCUGCGCGACGAUUGCCCUCAAGGCGAGCGCAAUCGCACCCUGAACGACUUGGACACAGACGACGAGGAGGACGAGGUCGAAAUCCGGCGGGAUGACGAGUACUACAAGAGGUACAGAUUCAAUCUGAAUCGCGACAGGAAUCUGCCGAUCUACGCCAAAAGGGAGGAGAUUUUGGCGGCCAUCAAUGCAAAUCCGGUUGUAAUUCUCAAGGGCGAAACAGGAUGUGGCAAGACCACGCAGGUGCCCCAAUACAUUUUGGACGAGGGUUUCAAGAGCGGCCAAUACUGCAACAUUGUGGUUACCCAACCUCGACGCAUAGCUGCCAUUUCUAUAGCCAACAGAGUGUGCCAGGAGCGCCAAUGGCAGGAGAACACCGUGUGCAACUACCAGGUGGGUCUGCAUCGUCCCACUACUCUGGAGGACACCCGGCUGCUGUACUGCACCACCGGUGUGCUUCUUAACAACCUGAUUAUCAACAAGACACUAACCCACUACACCCACAUCGUGUUGGACGAGGUGCACGAAAGAGACCAGGACAUGGACUUUCUGCUGAUUGUAGUGCGCCGCCUGCUGGCCACAAACUCACGUCACGUGAAGAUCAUUCUGAUGUCGGCCACGAUCGAUGCCACGGAACUGUCGGACUAUUUUACCACCUCGAAAUCGAUUCCGCCGGUAAUCACCGCCAGUCAUGGACGUAAACACUCGAUCGAGAAGUUCUACCGCGACCAACUAAAGGGUAUUAAGUGGAAAGAAGAGGGUGAUUAUGAUCCGUACAUUCCACGCAUCUCCGACGAAGGCUACAGAUCGGCGGUGAAGAUAAUUAUGGUUAUUGACAACAUGGAACGGGACGAUGCGAAACAGUCGCGGGUAAACUAUGAGGAGGCCGUAAGCCAUGGAGCUGUGCUCAUCUUUCUGCCAGGCGUCUACGAAAUUGACACCAUGGCUCAAAACAUUACUACAAUGUUGCAAGAUGACCGAAAUAUUAAGUUUUUUAUUGUACGCUGCUUUUCUUUGAUGACCCCGGAGAACCAAAGGGAUGUGUUCCACCCACCGCCUCUGGGUUACCGCAAGAUCAUUCUGACCACCAACAUCGCUGAGAGCUCUAUCACAGUGCCAGAUGUGUCCUACGUUAUUGAUUUCUGUCUUACCAAAGUGCUGGUCACCGAUACGGCCACCAGCUUCACGUCUCUUCGCCUGACCUGGGCCUCCAAGGCCAAUUGUCGCCAGCGUGCCGGGCGUGUUGGCCGUCUCCGAAGUGGACGUGUCUACCGUAUGGUCAACAAAUCCUUUUACCAAACUGAAAUGUCCGAGUUUGGGAUACCAGAAAUGUUGCGUCUGCCCUUGCAAAAUUCGGUGCUCAGGGCCAAAGAGCUGGAAAUGGGAUCACCGGUAGAGCUGUUGGCCUUGGCUCUAUCUCCACCCAAUCUCUCGGAUAUACGGAACACCAUAUUGCUGCUGAAGGAGGUGGGUGCACUAUUUCCGACUGUGGAUGGCGUCUACAACGAGAUGGAUGGUGAUAUUACCUUCUGGGGCACCAUCAUGGCUCGGCUGCCGUUGGACACUCGUCUGUCGCGUCUGAUCAUAUUGGGCUAUGUGUUCAACUUACUCGAGGAAGUGAUUAUCAUAGCCGCUGGCUUAUCGAUGCGUGGCUUGUAUGUUGAUGAAGGUGGCAGACAUAAAAAAUGCGAGUCAUUUUGGAUGCACUACACUUUUGCCGAUGGAUCUGGCUCCGACUUGGUGGCCAUUUGGCGCGUUUAUCUGACAUAUUUAAACAUGGUGGAAGUUGGCCACCAGCAUGAGUCUGCUAUUCGUUGGGCAAAUCGAUUCCACGUCUCCCUGCGAUCGCUCAAGGAAAUGCACCUGCUGGUGCAGGAGCUACGAGUGCGAUGCGAAAGACUCGGACUGGUCCCGUUUACAGCUGUUGCUAGCCAGAAGUUGGGCGACCGCGAGAGAUCGAUCAUCCUUAAAGUGAUCAUCGCUGGGGCUUUCUACCCCAAUUAUUUCAUGCGUUCGAAGGGGUCGUGUGUGGAACCAGAUCGCGAUAUGUACCAGGUGAUAUCGGGGCACGAUCCCUGUCGCACCGUCUAUUUUACCAACUACAAGCCCGGGAUCAUGGGCGAGCUGUACACUAGGCGCAUUAAGGAACUUUUUCGGGAGUCGAAGAUCCCGCCGGAAAACAUCGAUGUUACCUUUCAGCACGGCUCUGAAAAGGUAUUCGUCACUUUCAAGCACGACGAUUGCAAUGCAGAUACAUCUAAGAUGGUCAACGUUUCGGGCAGAAUCCAAAAGGAAGUCUACAAGGCGGUAAGGAUGAGAGUUGAUCGCUUGCAACGACCAAUACGCAUUAUGGAGCAUGCUACGUUUAUGAAUUACGUACAACAGCGAAAGAUUGGAGAAGUGAUUGAUGGCUGUUGGGUUCCUCCCACAAAGACCAUAAAUGUAGAGCUGCUUGCACUACCAUCUGUCUACGACAAGACUGUUACUGGCUUGAUUACUUGCAUUGUCAGCUGUGGAAAGUUUUACUUCCAGCCUCAAUCCUUUGCAGAGUGCAUUCGCAACAUGUCUGAGAUCUUCAAUGCCUCCCAGCAACUGCGAAAUCAUGUCUUUAACGCUGGUGCCAUCACAAAGGGCAUGAUGGUGCUGGCCAAGCGGGAUAGUCAAUUCCAGCGCGCCACAGUGAUCCGACCCGAGAACCAGAGCAAUCGCCAGCCGAUGUUCUAUGUUCGUUUCAUUGACUAUGGAGACUGCGCUUUGUUGCCCAUUGAGCAGCUGCGCCUGAUGCCGGAUGAGCUGUUAAGACAGUACGGAGACUUGCCACCACGUGUGUUCGAGUGCCGGUUGGCGCUCGUUCAGCCCUCUAUGGUGGUUACCGCCAAUAACCGUUGGCCUAUCGCGGCCAAUGAUAAGCUUAAAGCGGUGGCCAAGUGUGGUCGAAUUGAUAUUGAGGUCUAUUCGCUGUUUAAUAAUGUUGCUGCUGUUCUAAUUCAUAUGCGCGAUGGCUUACUCAACGAGAAGCUUGUGGAACUCAAGUUGGCUCGCCGGGCCGACGAAGAUUUCAUGUCUCGACAGGAUCAUGACUUCCGCUUGCGCAGACAAGAAUCUGCCCGUUACUCGACCUUCGCCGAACGUCAGAGAAUCAAUGAAGAGUACCUGCGAUCCUGCCUGCUGCCCCAAGACCAGGACCUGCCACCGCCUCCGCUGGAUAAAUGCAACAAUAUUGUAAUGCUGAAGGGACCUUACAGUCCGUUGGAGACUACCGUGUACUCCACCAUUCGUGUGGGAGUAUGGAAAUCGGUGAAAAUAGAUACUACUUCGGUUAAUGCGGUUCUCCUGGACGCAGAUCCGCAGGAUCAGCACGAUCAGAUGAUUGUGGCCCACACAACCGUGGAGAGUGCCGAUCGGCAGACCCUGACCGCCCGUGGAACCACACUGAUGCCCAAUAUCCACGGAUUUGGUGCGCUCAUGGCUAUGCUCUUCUGUCCCACCAUGCAGCUCAAAUGCAACAAAGCUGGAACCAGAUAUGUGUCUAUCCUGGCGGGAAUGGGUUGCGAUCCAGAAACUAAUGAGCCUUAUUUUGAAGAGCAUGACAUGGUCAUUAAUUUGGACGUCAAUAUUCUCGAAGAUGAUGUUAACCUGAUCAAUCAAAUGCGCUAUUAUAUCGAUAGUGUCUUUUUCAACUUCAAGGACGAAAAUCAUCCAGCGGUUAGUGUAAAUGAACGUGUUUCUAUAUACACUCACCUGCGCAGCCUGAUAAAUCGGCUUCUGUCCAAGGAUCGGAGUUACAUCGAAAUAAAUUCGAGCAACUCGGAUUACGUAUGGGAGAAAAAUGAGGAUUUGCCAAAGCAGGCUGAGCCGUUCGGCAAGCGGGCCAUAUUCCCGAUGCACAGCAUUACGGAGCUCGUAGAAGAGGAUAUGGGUCACGUGUUGCAAUUGGUGGAGAAUUGCAACAAGCUGUACGAGUGGCGAAACUUCGAAGGUGUUUUAGCGCCGAUGUCUUGCAAACUGUGCAACCAGCUGUUGGAGUCGGUUCCCCAGCUGCGUAUGCAUCUCCUCACUCAAUUGCAUCGCGAUCGCGAAAAGCAAAUCGACUAUCACCAUCAGUAAAGACGGUUAUAAUGAAAUUAAUGACAUUAAAUCACGUUGCUUUCACAUUUGAAAGACAGAAAACGAUAUUAUUUUCAGGAAAAUAUGGUUACAAUUUCAACUAAUUUUCAUACUUUUUAAUCUCAAUUUGUAACCCAAGAAAAAUCUGCUACCUACUUUUUCGUUAUGUAUAUCAUUAU